AUGUACCAGUGCUUCCUGAUAAUGUCCUUUAAUGCCUUCCCCAAUGGUGAGUAUUGGGUAAAGCACGAGUGGACAUGUUCUGCUUUUUCUUUAACUUUUGGUUGAAGGCUUUCCAGCUGUGUUAGUCCUUCAAAACGAUCAUUGGCAUGUUUUACCCAAUUGUCUUUGUACCCCCUUUCCUUAAACCUCUGUGUGAGGUCCGUGGUCUGUUUCUGAUAAGAAGCAUCAGAGCUGCAUAUUCUUCUGAUGCGACUGAAUUGACUUAUAGGGAGACUUUUAAUAAGUGGACGUGGAUGAAAGCUGUCACCUCUAAGGAGGGUAUUCCCGUCCGUAGGUUUCCUAUAGAGAUCUGUAGAGAGGGAGGUUUUGUCCUUAAUAACCAUCACAUCAAGAAAACUGAUUUGUGAUAGGUCAUAGUUAAUGGUGAAAUAAAGGUGUUCAUUCAUAGAGUUUAGAUAGGCAUGCAAUUCCAAAAGUUCUUCCUGGGUCCCUGUAUAGAUCACAAAAAUGUCAUCCAAAUAUCUCAGAAUUAGGAGAAUAUUGGAGAGAAAAUGGUUAAGGUCUGGAUUCAGCACCACCUGUUUUUCAAACAUUCCUAGAUAUAGGUUAGCAUAAUUAGGAGCCAUAGUGCUCCCCAUCGCUGUCCCUUUGGUCUGGAGGAAAAAGUAUCCUCUGAAGAGAAUAUAGUUGGAGGUUAAUACCAGUUCAGCCAGGUCCACAAUACAAUUGGUGCUGGGAAGAGCAUUAGGGGGACGUUCAUUGAGGUUGAACUUAUGGGCCUCUAGGCCACCCUGAUGGGGGAUGUUAGUAUAUAGACUGGUAACAUCAAAAGUACACAGAAAAUAAUUCUCAGGUAUAUGGUCCACAGAUUAAAAUGUUUUUAUACAAUCAGUAGAGUCUCUGGUAAACAUGGGGAGGGAGAUCACCCAGGGUUUCACAACAUAGUCUACAAAGGUAGAGAUAUUCUGUCAGAGAUCUGUUACUACUCACAAUGGGCCUGCCUGGUAGAGGUGGUGUCAUGCUCUUGUGAAUUUUGGGGAGAGCGUAUAUGACAGGUGUGGUUGGGCAGUCAACUUUCAUAUACUCAUAUUCUGUCUUGUUGACAAUUUAUCAUGGAUCAAAGACUUUAAUUGAUUAGUAGGGUCCUUAGGGAGUCUUUUGUAAAAAUUAAUCAUCACUAAGUUGUCUCAGAAUUUCCUUUUCCUAGUCUGCUGCAUUUAGUAUCACUAUUGUACCUCCUUUGUUUGGUAUGGCGCAUAGCUCAUGUAAUCUCUUCCUUAGUCACCUACUGUGUUGUAAUGUUGGGUUUUCUUUGUGUGAGAUUAUCAGCUGCAGGGCUAUUUUCUUUGUUUCCCCCUUCCAUCUGUCUGUCUGCAUACCACUGUCUAUCAGCCAGGACACAGCCCACUGGCUUUCUUACAGUAGUUGCUGUUUCUAUGGAAACAGGAGACUGUGAUCUCUUCCUACUUCGUUCACCAGAAUGGACCGAGAGCUAUAACUGGCCACUCUCCAGAGCUCAGCCUGACAUCACUGGCCAGUGUGCCCAUCCCUCGCUCCUAUUAUUAGGCUCUCCUGUGGCAGCCAGGGACGCUCAGAGGGACAUGAUCCUACAGUAAUGGGCUGGACAUGGCAGGCACACUAGUUUCUUUCUCAUCGUCUGCCUAAAGCAGCCCGUGGCGUGCGUCAUAUCCGAGGGAGAGAGCACUGUACUGAGCAAAAAAGUUGAAAGCACAGCACUGGCAUUUUUGUGUCUGCACUUCCUCUCCCUCAUACUCAGCAUGAGAACUUGCUGUUCUGGUGGGAGAAAAAAAAAAGACAUUAACCAUGUUUCCAUCCACAGUUUUUAUGUGAGUAAAGUCAUAGCUCCCUUCGGACGUCCUCUCGCAGGCUACACCGGAAGCUGUCGAUGAGGGCCCGCUCAUUCCACCCGGACCCAGCCGCUAUAUAUACACUGCUCAAAAAAAUAAAGGGAACACUAAAAUAACACAUCCUAGAUCUGAAUGAAUGAAAUAAUCUUAUUAAAUACUUUUUUCUUUACAUAGUUGAAUGUGCUGACAACAAAAUCACACAAAAAUGAUCAAUGGAAAUCAAAUUUAUCAACCCAUGGAGGUCUGGAUUUGGAGUCACCCUCAAAAUUAAAGUGGAAAACCACACUACAGGCUGAUCCAACUUUGAUGUAAUGUCCUUAAAACAAGUCAAAAUGAGGCUCAGUAGUGUGUGUGGCCUCCACGUGCCUGUAUGACCUCCCUACAACGCCUGGGCAUGCUCCUGAUGAGGUGGCGCAUGGUCUCCUGAGGGAUCUCCUCCCAGACCUGGACUAAAGCAUCCGCCAACUCCUGGACAGUCUGUGGUGCAACGUGGCGUUGGUGGAUGGAGCGAGACAUGAUGUCCCAGAUGUGCUCAAUUGGAUUCAGGUCUGGGGAAUGGGCGGGCCAGUCCAUAGCAUCAAUGCCUUCCUCUUGCAGGAACUGCUGACACACUCCAGCCACAUGAGGUCUAGCAUUGUCUUGCAUUAGGAGGAACCCAGGGCCAACCGCACCAGCAUAUGGUCUCACAAGGGGUCUGAGGAUGUCAUCUCGGUACCUAAUGGCAGUCAGGCUACCUCUGGCGAGCACAUGGAGGGCUGUGCGGCCCCCCAAAGAAAUGCCACCCCACACCAUGACUGACCCACCACCAAACCGGUCAUGCUGGAGGAUGUUGCAGGCAGCAGAACGUUCUCCACGGCGUCUCCAGACUCUGUCACGUCUGUCACAUGUGCUCAGUGUGAACCUGCUUUCAUCUGUGAAGAGCACAGGGCGCCAGUGGCGAAUUUGCCAAUCUUGGUGUUUUCUGGCAAAUGCCAAACGUCCUGCACGGUGUUGGGCUGUAAGCACAACCCCCACCUGUGGACGUUGGACCCUCAUACCACCCUCAUGGAGUCUGUUUCUGACCGUUUGAGCAGACACAUGCACAUUUGUGGCCUGCUGGAGGUAAUUUUGCAGGGCUCUGGCAGUGCUCCUCCUGCUCCUCCUUGCACAAAGGCGGAGGUAGCAGUCCUGCUGCUGGGUUGUUGCCCUCCUACGGCCUCCUCCACGUCUCCUGAUGUACUGGCCUGUCUCCUGGUAGCGCCUCCAUGCUCUGGACACUACGCUGACAGACACAGCAAACCUUCUUGCCACAGCUCGCAUUGAUGUGCCAUCCUGGAUGAGCUGCACUACCUGAGCCACUUGUGUGGGUUGUAGACUCCGUCUCAUGCUACCACUAGAGUGAAAGCACCGCCAGCAUUCAAAAGUGACCAAAACAUCAGCCAGGAAGCAUAGGAACUGAGAAGUGGUCUGUGGUCACCACCUGCAAAACCAGUCCUUUAUUGGGGGUGUCUUGCUAAUUGCCUAUCAUUUCCACCUGUUGUCUAUUCCAUUUGCACAACAGCAUGUGACAUUUUAUUGUCAAUCAGUGUUGCUUCCUAAGUGGACAGUUUGAUUUCACAGAAGUGUGAUUGACUUGAAGUUACAUUGUGUUGUUUAAGUGUUCCCUUUAUUUUUUUUAGCAGUGUAUAUACGACAGCUGUGAUGGAAACAGGACAUUUCGGUACAGUUUUAUAAAUGCAGACAGAAUUUGUUCGUUCGACAUGGUGGGAUCUUUUUUUGUCUGUAAAAUUAAUUAUGCGAAAAAUGGUGGUGGAAACGCCUUUAUGGGCAAUAUUGAUAUAAUAACCAUUAUAUCGAAGUAAUCUUGGAGUCACGCGAUGAUAUGGUGUGUGGACCUCCCACUACGACUCGGGAAAGCAUGCAGUUUAUUAGGCUACAGAUGAAAAAACGUAUGAACUUCACAUGGUGACAAAAGUGCACACUGAUCUUGAUGCUCCUUUCCAAUAUGUAUCGAGGGUCUGAUUCUGGUGACAUGAUGAUCGAUGCUUGACUGCAGUUUGACAAAUAAAUAUUCUUGCUCGUAUCCAUAAUAAUCUCAUCAUGUAGACUAGCCUACCUACACAGACUACCCGCACUGUAUCUGCCAGCUGUUGGCUAGAGCACAAGUGCCAAGACCAGAGUAGGCACAGUUUUUGUGACAAAACUAUUGUUAGAGUUGAAAAUGCGAUGGAAACACAUUAAACUUUAGAUUUUUAUUCAUGAAAACUUAAGCGAAAAAGUACAUUUUGUGUGCACUACGUCAUCACGCACUGAUUUUUAUCCUCAAUAAGUCCUUUUGAUGGAGACACCACUGGUGGGAAAAUGCACAUAUUUUCUUUAUGCUGAUAUUUGAAUAUUCGCAUGAAGAUCUGUCGCCAAUUGGAUGGAAACCUAGCUAGAGACAGUGUUUUUUAGUUAUCAUGGGUACAUGGCCCGAUGGUGACUGUGCAGGAAAAGGGUUGAAAGGAGGCUUAUUCUGAGUGUAGGGCUGCCCCAUCCCCCAUGUAGGCUUUUCAGUAUUACAUAAUCAGUAUUAAAAGUCCUAUUCACUCUCUCUGUCUAGGCUGUUGUCCCGGAGAAUCAAUUUCACCAUUCAGCCCCUCAAUAUCAUAACUUGAUUGAUUUUGGGGCCCAUGUGGCUAUGUUGGUAGAGCAUGGUGCUUGUAAUGCCAGGGUUGUGGGUUCGAUUCCCACAGAGAAAAAUAAUGAAAAAUGUAUGCACUCACUACUGUAAAUCGCUCUGAAUAAAAACAUCUGCUAAAUAAUUAAAAUGUAUAAAAAAAUGAUUAUAUUAAUGUGCUUGCUUAAUUCUACUGUACUAGUUCUCACUCUGUCCUCUCCAUCCCCCCAGGUGUGUACACGUAUGAGGCCGUUGUCCUGCAGAUGAGCCGUCGGUGGGGGCUGUCACGUCGCUGUCGCACAUCCAGAUAAUCCCUGGCCGCGGCGGUGGCAGCACUGGCACGUCCCCCCCUCAGCAUGCCCAACACCAGUCGGGCGGGGAGCCUGAAGGACCCCGAUGUUGCUGAACUCUUCUUCAAGGAGGACCCUGAGAAACUGUUCUCAGACCUGCGAGAGAUCGGACAUGGCAGCUUUGGUGCCGUCUACUUUGUGAGUACUUGGACCCGCCACUCUGCGCUCAGUAACAGAGCUGGAUUUAUAUUCAGCACUGUUUAAGAUAUAGGGCAGGGUGUUGACUUUGUAUUUUUCUUCAGGCACGAGAUGUGCGGACCACUGAGGUGGUGGCCAUCAAGAAGAUGUCUUACAGUGGAAAACAAUCCAACGAGGUAAGAGACUGAUUGUGCAUCAAAUGCCGUUGAUGUUACAUCAAACAGUUAUAACUAGUGUUGCACAGUAUACUGGUACUACGGUAAUCUCACGGUACCAAAACGUCAUGAUACUUAUGAUACCAACAUUUUAGAAUACCGUAGUACCGUUUCAUAUGAUACUGCCGAAGUUUCCAGCCCUACCGAUCUAAAGAACCUGCUGGCGCCUGUUGUAAAAUGUUUAUAAUGUCAGUUUUGUUUAUAAAUUCAGUUGAAUUUAAGCAACAGCCACUAGUUGCUUCUAUGCGCAGGUCCAAUAAUAUCUACUUCACUUUCAUGCGCAUAUCAGGUGUGGCAGCUGUAAUCAGCCAGCCGCAUCCCCUACCAGCCCUCACUCACCUGCUCUCUCCGUGCGCUCUUCAUGCACAUCUAUUCCUCUGUCAGUUAAAAAAUAUAUAAUUUAGCUGUGAUUGCGAGCGGGGAUGCAGACCCUGAGGAGUUUUCUGUUAAAUAAAAUAAAAAUAAAUAGGUCAUUUAGCAGACACUCUUAUCCAGAGCGACUUACAGGAGCAAUUAGGGUUAAGUGCCUUGCUCAAGGGCACAUCGACAGAUUUUUCACCUAGUCGGCUCAAGGAUUAGAACCAGCGACCUUUCGGUUACUGGCACAACGCUCUUAACCACUAAGCUACCUGCCGCCCUAUGUUGUACAUUUCUUACAUUGGAGCAGCGUGCAAAGUGAGCAACGUUGAUACAUUAUAUCAUUUAAUCGCCUGUCAUAACCAAGAGCACAGACCAGUCUGUGUAAACUUUGCAAGUUCACUGUCAUGCAGCCUCUGAGUGACAGAGAGGGAAAAUGGAGAACCGCUUCGCACCAGGCAUGUUUGCAGCUUUAUAGCAAAGAAAACGGCUUGUCUCUAGCCUAAACGGCAAACAACGUUGUUCAGUCAUGUUACCUAGCUAGCUAACAACCUGGUAACUUGACAUUAGGUUUAGGCAAAUUUGAUUGGCACAGGAAGAAAGGAAAAGGGUCUGCUACUCAUGAUACAGUAUGUGCUUCAAAGGUAGGAGUCAUACAGGCCUAAUGGAAGACUAAACUAUAUCAACUAUCUAUUUCUUUCUGGUGCUCCUUACAUUCUGUUUGGUGCCUAAUGUUUUAAAAGUUGGGAGCAGUGUGUUUGGGAGGGAGAGAGAGAGUGGUGUGUGUGUGUUUAUGAGAGUGAGAGAGACAUAGUGUGUGAGGAAGGGAGGGAGAGUCUGUGUUAACUGAAGAGUAAAGAAGCUUUCAUGCAGUGUUUUCCCCUUACUGACACAAUGACAUGCAGAUCAUUAUGCAUUUGUAUUCCUUCCUCCCAUUCCUCCAGCCAAAUCACAGGUAGGCCUUUGCAAAUAUGAGCAAAUCAGCCAUUCUAUGCAGUAUUCUAUUAUACACUGAACAGUGUGAAGUUAAAUUCAAUGUGUUGUAUUGAGUAGAAGUGUACAUUUCAGUGACAGGUUUUUGGAGAACGUUUAGAAAACGUGAACAAGUGUCCGGGCGACAGGGCGAACAGGAUGCUAGGCCACUGAUGUUUUUCCACUGUGGUAUCGUGAUACCUGGCCUGGUAUCACCUUGCCUCGUUAUAAAGAUUAGCCAACAUCAAUGAGUUGAGACAGUGCAGGGCUGUUACUGAAGCUUUGUUUGUUGUCUCAGUAUUGGUUUACUGUGAAAAGACUCAUUAGCAUCUAAUCUAACAAGGCCUAUUCCUUCAAGAUCCUGUCCUCAGUGAGUUUGGAGCAUUAGGCCUAUAGUUUCUCUAAGGUUUGGUCUUCAAAGGGAUUUGUUGUGUUUCUCAGCAGUUUCUAUUUAAAACAUUUAUCUUAUUUGCUUAAAGUAGUGGAACUGCAAAACAGUGUCCUGUUCCCUGAAGCUCAGUCUAAAAACAGUUGAUAAUCAGAUUUGAAUCUGGCAAAAUGACUGGAUUGGUUAAUUCAUUAACCCAAAGAAGUAGAGUUGAAGUCAAAGGGAAGUAACUAAAGUGCCAUGUAGAACACCUAAUAGUUUCAGCCUGCAUCUAUAUCCUUAUUGUUUAAAGGGGCAAUCUGCAGUUGCUACAUCAAUUUUUUGACUUAUAAAUUAAUGAUAUACCUAUUGAUUCUUGAAGAAUAUAGCUUUUAUAAAUACUUAAUGAGCUUAGUUCAUCUGUCGUACCCCAUCAGAACCCAAAAUAUAACCUUGUUUUACUCCAGUAUUUGUAAACAUUGUAAAUGUAAACAAACUGUAUAGCGUCAAAACAUGCUUAAAACUAUAAUUGUGAUAUCUUGGAUGGUCAGUCUAUGAAUUUGAGUGGUUACAUUUCUCCAGGCGCAUCCCUCAGCUUUUUACCAAAACAAGAGGAUGGGAGACCGCUUUGUUAUUGUCUCCACUGUUGAUUGGCCCUUUUAGAGCUUGUUACGCAAACAUGAUGUAAUCGUUCCACUGUUUUACCUUACAGAAAUGGCAAGACAUAAUCAAGGAGGUGAAGUUUCUGCAGAGAAUACAGCACCCAAACAGCAUAGAGUAUAAAGGAUGCUAUCUACGAGAGCAUACUGCCUGGGUAAGAGUGUUAUCUGAAUGGAAAAUAUAAACAACAGGUCAUAAUGCUAUGAAAACGUGGUGAAUACUCUGGAACUGUACAUUAUUUAACCCAGUAUAACACUCUCUCUUUCUGUCUCUGUAGCUGGUGAUGGAGUACUGUCUAGGCUCUGCCUCCGAUGUCCUGGAAGGUAAGAUAGGAGUUUUUAUGACAAUGAUUAUAAGAUGAGUUCUUCUUUGUUGUUUUCCCCAUGAUUUGCAGCACUCUCAUCCUCUCUCGCUCUACAUCCUCUGUAGUUCACAAGAAACCUCUACAAGAAAUGGAAAUAGCAGCGAUUACCCACGGUGCUCUAGAGGGGUUGGCUUACCUUCAUUCCCACAACAUGAUUCACCGGUGAGUAGUCCUAGUACCUGUAUAUGUGGACGUGUUAGACUGACUACUUUGUGCCCUCAGGGAGGGAGUGUGCCUGUGCCAGUGGAACAAAGCUGUAAUGCCGUAAUCUCUCUCCUCUGUCUGACAGAGAUAUCAAGGCAGGGAACGUCUUGCUGACAGAGCCUGGCCAGGUGAAACUUGCAGAUUUCGGUUCUGCCUCCAUUGUCUCUCCAGCCAACUCUUUUGUGGGGACGCCAUAUUGGUGAGUGGCAAAAUUCCAAUGUACAAGAAAAAUAGAUGGUGUUUGAAAUAUGGGGAAGAAAUGGGGCACCCUCUAUUGUCUCAUUCAAUAUUUUCCAUCAAAUCAAAAGCGGUGUACCGGUCAUUAAAAUGGGGAUGUUUCCUCAGGAUGGCCCCAGAGGUAAUCCUAGCUAUGGACGAGGGUCAGUACGAUGGGAAGAUCGACAUCUGGUCUCUGGGAAUAACCUGCAUUGAAUUAGGUAAACUCUUUAGUCCAUGUACUCCACUCUGGUUCAACUCUAGACUAGCUCUCCUGUUGUUUUAAUGCUCUCAUUUAUUCAUUCCAUAUCUCAAACCAAUAUCUGGCCAGUGAAGAAAGUAUACAUUUUUUUAUUUUUUUUUCAAACUGGUUGAAAUAAUACAUCUGAUAGGUUUUGUCUGUCUUCCUAUUACUUUUCCUCCCCACUGGCCUCCUUGUUAUGUUUUGCUGUUAGUGGAUCCUGGUAACCUAUUGUUUUCUCUGAUCUCUUUGUUUCUAGCUGAGAGAAAACCUCCACUGUUCAAUAUGAAUGCGAUGAGUGCCUUGUAUCACAUAGCGCAGAAUGAAAGCCCCACACUGCAGUCAAGCGAAUGGUACGUCAUUGAGCUUCAUCGGAGUUGACUUAUUCUUUAGGAGAAGGCAUUUGUCCACUUUUAAAGUGUGUCAUGGUGAGAAUGAAACAAACUAUUCCCUCUUGUCCCCAUCUCUCACUUCAGGACGGAUUACUUCCGAAACUUUGUAGAUUCUUGCCUUCAGAAAUUCCCCCAAGACAGGCCCAACUCUGAGGAACUGUUAAAGGUAAGACCUCUGAAAUACACUACAUGACCAAAAGUAUGUGGACACCUGCUCGUCAAACAUCUCAUUACAAAAUCAUGGGCAUUAAUAUGGAGUUGGUCCCCCCUUUGCUGCUAUAACAGCCUCCACUCUUCUGGGAAGGCUUUCCACUAAAUGUUGGAAUAUUUUUGCAGGGACUUGCUUCCAUUCAGCCUCAAGAGCAUUAGUGAGGUCGGGCGAUUAGGCCUGGCUCGCAGUCGGUGUACCAAUUCAUCCCAAAGGUGUUUGAUGGGGUUGAGGUCAGGGCUCUGUGCAGGCCAGUCAAGUUCUUUCACACCGCUCUCGACAAACCAUUUCUGUAUGGACCUUGCAUUGUGCACGGGGGCAUUGUCAUGCUGAAACAGGAAAAGGCCUUCCCCAAACUGUUACCACAAAGUUGGAAGCACAGAAUCGUCAAGAAUGUCAUUGUAUGCUGUAGUGUUAAGAUUUCCCUUCACUGGAGCUAAGGGGCCUUGCCCGAACCAUUAUUCCUCCUCCACCAAACUUGAAAGUUGUCACUAUGCAUUGGGGCAGGUAGCAUUCUCCUAGCAUCUGCCAAACCCAGAUUUGUCCGUCGGACUGCCAGAGAACGCGUUUCCACUGCUCCAGAGUCCAAUGGCGGCGAGCGUUACACCACUCCAGCCGACGCUUGGCAUUGCACAUGGUGAUCUUAGGCUUGUGUGCGGCUGUUUGGCCAUGGAAACCCAUUUCAUGAAGCUCCAGACGAACAGUUCUUGUGCUGAUGUUGCUUCCAGAGGCAGUUUAGAACUCGGUAGUGAGUGUUGCAACUGAGGACAGUUAAUCUUUACAGGCUACAGCACUUGGCGGUCCCGUUAUGUGAGCUUGUGUGGCCUACCACUUCGCGGCUGAGCUGUUGUUGCUUCUAGAUGUUUCCACUUCACAAUAACAGCACUUACAUUUGACCGGGUCAGAAAUUUUACGAACUGACUUGUUGAAAAGGUGGCAUCCUAUGACGGCGCCACAUUGAAAGUCACUGAGCUCUUCAGUAAGGCCAUUCUACUGCCAAUGUUUGUCCAUGGAGAUUGCAUGGGUGUGUGCUCAAUUUUAUACACCUGUCAGCAACGAGUGUGUCUGAAUAGCCAAAUCCACUAAUUUGAAGGGGUGUCCACAUACAUUUGUAUAUACAGUGCAUUGGGAAACUAUUCAGACCACUUGAUUUUUUCCACAUUUUGUUACGUUACAGCCUUAUUCUAAAAUAGAUUAAAUUGUUUUUUUCCCCCUCAUGAAUCUACAUAAAAUACCCCAUAAUGACAAAGCAAAACAGUUUAAAGUGGUCCUAUGGACAGAUACUCCAAUCUCCGCUGUGGAGCUUUGCAGCUCCUUCAGGGUUAUCUUUGGUCUCUUUGUUGCCUCUCUGAUUAAUGCCGUCCUUGCCUGGUCCGUGAGUUUUGGUGGGUGGCCCUCUCUUGGCAUAUUCUUUCCAUUUUUUAAUAAUGGAUUUAAUGGUGCUCCGUGGGAUGUUCAAAGUUUCUGAUAUUUUUUUAUAACCCAACCCUGAUCUAUACUUCUCCACAACUUUGUCCCUGGCCUGUUUGGAGAGCUCCUUGGUCUUCAUGGUGCCGCUUGCUUGGUGGUGCCCCUUGCUUAGUGGUGUUGCAAACUCUGGGGCCUUUCAGAAUAGGUGUAUAUAUACUGAGAUCAUGUGACAGAUCAUGUGACACUUAGAUUGCACACAGGUGGACUUUAUUUAACUAAUUAUGUGACUUCUGAAGGUAAUUGGUUGCACCAGAUCUUAUUUAGGGGAUUCAUAGCAAAGGGGGUGAGUACAUAUGCACGCACCACUUUUCCGUUAAACAAGUAAUUUUUUUCAUUCCACUUCACCAAUUUGGACUAUUUUGUGUAUGUCCAUUACAUGAAAUCCAAAUAAAAAUCAAUUUAAAUUACAGGUUGUAAUGCAACAAAAUAAGAAAAAUGCCAAGGGGGAUGAAUACUUUUGCAAGGCACUGUAAAUGUAAUAUUUCUGUUCUUUUUUUUAUUUUUAUUACAUUUGCAAACAUUUCUAAAAAACGGUUUUUGCUUCGUCAUUAUGGGGUAUUGUUUGUAGAUUGAUGAGAAAAAAAUAAAUAUUUAAUCCAUUUUAGAAUAAGGCUGUAAUGUAACAAAAUGUGGAAAGAGUCAAGGGAUCUGAAUACUUUCCGAAUGCACUGUAUAUAGUGUAUAUUAUUUAUGAUUAUCAUGAUCUACCAAUGCCAAGACAUAUAGACAGAGAUAGCUCUGUUGACUUGAUUUUGAGUGUACCUUAAAUAAACAUGAAUAAUACCCACCCUCAACUCGAAAGAAAGUUAUUGGCCCCUCUGCCUCCCUCUCUUUCUCAGCAUGCGUUUGUGCAGCGGGAGCGGCCCGACUCUGUCCUGAUGGACCUGAUCGUGAGGACCAAGGUUGCGGUGCGGGAGCUGGAUAACCUGCAGUACCGCAAGAUGAAGAAGAUCCUCUUCCAGGAGGCUCACAAUGGCCCUGCAGCUGAGGCACAGGACGGAGACGAGGAGGUCAGUCGCCCAAUCUGGCUCUUCUCUCCUGUGGAGCUUAGUUUGAAAUUAGCAUGGUUUAUACCAGAACCAUUGUAGUCUUUGAAAAAAGCCUAGGUAGGAUGAUGAUGAUGAUAAAUUUUUUAAAUUAUUAUUAUUAUAAUAAUGAUGAUAAUAAUAAUAUUAUUUAAUUUGUAAACCCGUAUUUCCCACACUCAAUAAGGUAGAAAACAACACACAAACAAAAUUCAGCAACAUUACAGCAAAAAGUAGAAAAAACUAUCACAAUACAUCAAACCAUUACCUACUAAUACAAAAUAUAGACUUUAAGCAGAUUAAGCGAUCAGACAUUAAAAGCCAGCAUUAAUAGGUAGGUCUUCAGUUGUGUUUAAAACAAGGAAAUUGUUUAAUUGUAGUUUCUCUUAAUGCACUCUGAUAAUAUUAAGGUUAAUUAUUAUAUUAGGGUUAAGGGAGGCCUGGUGGGUCUGAAAGAUUCUCUCACAAUUCAGUUGUUCCUGUUUAUCCUCUGCUCAUAACCUGCUAUAGUUGACACACUGUCAUUCAGAAAGUAUUUCACUCACCUGUGUCUUGCUUUUGCUACGGUGUUGUCCCCAGGAACCGGAGCACAGUGGCAGGACAGGCACAGUGAGCAGCGUUGGCAGUAACCAGUCUAUCCCCAGUAUGUCGAUCAGCGCCAGCUCCCAGAGCAGCUCUGUCAACAGCCUGACCGACGCCGGAGAUGACAAGAGUGAACUGGACAUGAUGGAGGGAGACCACACGGUCAUGUCCAACAGCUCCGUCAUUCACCUCAAACCGGUGGGUAGAGAUGAUCUUAGAGCUGGACUCGCAGGCAAUAUUCCCUCAAAAAAAUUAGGCGCUGAGCAAAUUUCAGGUCUGCUGUGCGCAAACUUGAACGUUGUGAAAAUUCUGUGCAACUUCUGGCGCGUGUUUACUGUGAACACUGAGGCUGUGCCCGCAUUAAGUUACAGUUAUAACAGUGGCCAAGUAGGCUACUGUGGCUAUUUAUCAUAAUGUAGGCCUAUCAGAGUGGCCUACCAUAAAAAAAAACAAUGGAGAAAAUGCAUCUUAUAACAUUUUAACAUGGAAAUAGCUGUUCUAUCAUUCAGCCUACAGUAGCAGCCAAUGUGUGGUGCUCAAUGUAGGCCUGAAUUCCAUGAGAGUUUUGAAAAAAACGUGUAGGGAUUGACAUUAACCUUUUUAUCCACUACCAUUAUUACAGAGAAUCAGACAAAUUAUGCAUAUAGGGAUACCGCAGCUCUGAUUGGUUAUGCGGCACUGGUCUGUGUAGAGUAUGGGCUGUGUCUUGCAUGUUAAUGCAAUAGAAUCCUACUCUAAUGCGCUCUGCCUACAAGAAAAUCUCUUGCAUAGUUUGUUUUGUUUCAGUAUGUUGCAUUGAAAGUGGCUAAUAUUGCGUUGAUUCUAUCACAUUUCACACAGUAGAGGGAAACGUUGAUAGUGUUAACUAAAGGGUAAAACUAGAAAGUUGAGUGAAGUUCAAUCUCAUGCUUCUCUGCGCGGGCUGAUAUUUCUUCUGCACGACAGUCCCGGGGAACUCCGCGCCCACACGCAGCUUAGAGGGAACAUUGCUAGCAGGAUAACUGGACACAGCGUUGAUUAUAGUGAGAUGAUUCGGUGAUGUACAAGACAUAGUGAUGAUAGUGUUUCCUGGUGCCUUUCACAGAUCAUUUAUAAGCAGUAAUUCUCUGCUGUUGAUGUGCUGCGUUGUAUUUGUUUCCUCAGGAGGAGGAGACGACUUAUUGCGAAGAGUCGGAACUUAACAGCAGGCCGCUCACUGAGCCCCAGUCUCCCCCUGCACACACUCCACGGCCAAAACACCACCGCAACCGCGAGCACUUUGCCACAAUACGCACAGCCUCCCUGGUAAGAGCACAUCGAGCCCUAGAAAUACAAUGAUACUGUAGAUAACAUGAUUUAAAAAUGGACCCCUAAAGGCCCAGUGCAGUCAAAAAUGUGAAUUUCCUGUGUUUUAUAUACAUUUCCACACUAUGAAGUUGGAAUAAUACUGUGAACUUGUGAAAAUUAUUAUAAUGCCCUUUUAGUGUAAGAGCUGUUUGAAAAGACUGCCUGAAAUUUCAGCCUUUUUUGGUGGGAUGGAGUUUUGGCCUGCCUGGUUAAUAGAUCUGCCAAUAACAGCUAGUUUUCAUUUUUCCCCUCCCCACUCAGACCACUCCCAGACAGUCCUAGCAAAAUUCUUGCUUGAGAAAUUGCUCUUUGCUAAGAAGCUAUUUAUGUUUCCUUUGGAGUAUUUUAAUUGAAAACAAUCACAGUAAGGUACUUAAUUGUUAACCAGAAAUGAUUUGAUAUUGAGAUAAAAACAGCUGCGUUGGGCCUUUAAGUGUCUGCUCCUGUAGGAGAGUAUAAGCUGAACCUAGAGUUCUAUGAUAAGCCCUAUGUUUCUCCCAGGUGACCCGUCAGAUGAAGGAGCAUGAGCAGGACAGUGAGUUGAGAGAGCAGAUGUCAGGCUAUAAGAGGAUGAGGAGGCAGCACCAGAAGCACCUGAUGGCCCUGGAGAACAAGCUGAAGGCUGAGAUGGACGAACACCGGCUCCGUCUGGACAAAGAACUGGAGAACCAGAGGAACAGCUUCGCCCAGGAGAUGGAGAAACUCAUUAAGAAGCACCAGGCCGCCAUGGAGAAAGAUGUACGGUCGUUUGCUCACUUACUCCAUACUUAAUUCAUACUUUGUCUAGAUUCUACUACUGUUCCCUAGGUCGCUGUUGAAUGUUCUUGUUUGAAAUUAAGUUAUGGGGGCAUUUUCAAAUGUUUAUUUUGUAUGUCUCUCUGCAGGCAAAGACCUUUUCCAAUGAUGAGAAGAAGUUCCAGCAGCACAUCCAGAGCCAGCAGAAGAAAGAGCUCAACAGCUUCCUAGAGUCCCAGAAACGAGAGUACAAACUCCGCAAGGAGCAGCUGAAAGAGGUAGAGAAUCACAUGCGUCAUACAGAUGAACAGUCACAUUUAAGGCUAAACACACAUUAUACAAAGGCUUCAAUCAUUGCUAUAUCAUUUCAAGAAAAAACACGACAUGCACCAUUGCUCGCCUACAUACUCCUCUCAGCAUGUCAGACAGACUCAAUGAAUGACAAACCUCUGUAGAAAAUGUGAACAGUGAGCUCUCAUGUCGAAUUGCUUAAAGCGACAAUCUGCAGUUGAAACGAUAACAAAGCAUACUCCCACUGAUCCGGUAAAAGGUUGAGGGAUGGGGCUGGAGAAAAUGUAACCACACUCAAGUUCAUAGACAGAGUUAUGGAUGCAAGGACUGACCAUCCAUGAUAUCUAAAUUAUAGUUUUUUUUUUUUUUGUAUUUUAUUUCGAUCUUGUCUCAUCGCUGCAACUCCCCAACGGGCUCGGGAGGCGAAGGUCGAGUCAUGCGUCCCCCGAAACAUGACCUUCUAAACCGCGCUUCUUGACACCCGCCCGCUUAACCUGGAAGCCAGCCGCACCAGUGUGUCGGAGGAAACACGGUUCAACUGACGACGAGGUCAGCCUACAGGCGCCCGGCCCGCCACAAGGAGUCGCUAGAGCACGAUGAGCCAAGUAAAGCCCCCCCGGCCAAACCCUCCCCUAACCCGGACGACGCUGGGCCAAUUGUGCGCCGCCCUAUGGGACUCCCGAUCACGGCCGGUUGUGAUACAGCCCGGGAUCGAACCCGGGUCUGUAGUGACGCCUCUAGCACUGCGAUGCAGUGCCUUAGACCGCUGCACUACUCGGGAGGCCCUACAUUAUAGUUUUAACCAUGUUUUGAGGCUAUACAGUGUUUGUUUACAUUUACGUUGUUGGCAAACAUCGGAAAAGCAAGUUUAUAUUUUGGCUUCUGAUGGGGUACGACAGUUGAACUAAACUCAUGAGGCAUUUAUAUGUUAUACUCUUCAAGAAUCAAUGGGUUUAUAUAAUUCAUUUACAAGUCCAAAAAUUGAUGUAGUAAUUGCAGAUUGCCCCUUUAAUAUCCAUCCUUGUUCUUCCCCCAGGAGUUGAAUGAGAACCAGUCGACCCCUAAGAAAGAGAAGCAGGAGUGGCUGUCCAAGCAGAAGGAGAACUUCCAGCACUUCCAGGCUGAGGAGGAGGCCAACCUGCUGAGGAGACAGAGACAAUACCUAGAGCUGGAGUGUCGAUGCUUCAAGAGGAGGAUCCUCAUCGCUCGCCACAACGUGGAGCAGGACCUAGUGAGAGAGGUCAGCGGUAAUCACUCAGCUCUCCUCAUUCAUACAGUCCCUUGCUCCUCUCACUCUCCUCAAAACAGGGUCCCCUUCCCUGCUCUUGGUUUUCGUUUUGUAACCAUGGCUCAGCUGUGGGUUCUGCUCAUUUUCCUACUUGCAUACAUAGUUCAACCAUACCUUUCUCAUACUGCCCUUUUUUUCUUUAAAAUGCUGUCUGUGUGUAGGAACUGAAUAAGCGUCAGACACAGAAGGACCUGGAGCAUGCCAUGCUGCUGCGGCACCAUGAGUCCAUGCAGGAGCUGGAGUUCCGCCAGGUCAACACCAUCCAGAAGAUGAGGGCUGAGCUGAUCCGCCUGCAGCACCAGACAGAACUCACCAACCAGCAGGAGUACAACAAGAGGAGGGAGAGAGAGCUCCGACGCAAACACGUCAUGGAGGUCCGACAGCAGCCCAAGAGCCUCAAGGUGAGCACACAAUGUAUACUAACACACACACGAUUCCCAUAAAUUGUUGUUUUGUGUUACCGUUAAUGUCCGUUAUGUAGGGACCUGACCCCUCACUAUUCUGUUUGUCCUCUCUUCCUCUGUCCCAUCCAAAGAGCUCCAGACCUGACCCCUCACUGUUCUGUUUGUCCUCUCUCCUCCCUCUGUCCCAUCCAAAGAGCUCCAGACCUGACCCCUCACUGUUCUGUUUGUCCUCUCUCCUCCCUCCUCUGUCCCAGUCCAAAGAGCUCCAGACCUGACCCCUCACUGUUCUGUUUGUCCUCUCUCCUCCCUCCUCUGUCCCAGUCCAAAGAGCUCCAGACCUGACCCCUCACUGUUCUGUUUGUCCUCUCUCCUCCCUCCUCUGUCCCAGUCCAAAGAGCUCCAGACCUGACCCCUCACUGUUCUGUUUGUCCUCUCUCCUCCCUCCUCUGUCCCAUCCAAAGAGCUCCAGACCUGACCCCUCACUGUUCUGUUUGUCCUCUCUCCUCCCUCCUCUGUCCCAGUCCAAAGAGCUCCAGAUUAAGAAACAGUUCCAAGACACAUGUAAGAUCCAGACCAGACAGUACAAGGCCCUGAGAAACCACCUACUGGAGAGCACACCAAAGUCUGACCACAAGGCUGUCCUGAAGCGUCUGAAGGAGGAGCAGACCCGUAAGCUGGCCAUCCUUGCUGAGCAGUACGACCACUCUAUCAACGAGAUGCUCUCCACACAGGCUGUGAGUCACACAGGGACCUUGAAAACACUGCAGGGGAGGGAGGCAGGAGAGGGGAUGAGUUCCUAAAAAGCUGACUACUGAUGAUGGGCCUUUUGACAAAGAGGCCCUUUAUCUACAUCCUCAGAGUCAUAUGAACUGGUGGAUAACAUUUUUAUGUCUGCGUGCAGUUUGAAUGAGGUUGCUAACUAGCAUGCUAGCAGAUACAGUCAUUCCAGUCAUUGCGCUAAUGCUAGUUAGCAUUGGCUCGCAAAACUACCUCGAACUUCCUUCAUACUGGACACAGAAACAUAAAAAUGGUAUCCACUAGUUCAGCUGACUCUGGGGAAGUAUCCCUUUAACAUUGUGCUGACCUCCUAUCUGGCUCUCCUCUCUAGCUGCGUCUGGAUGAGGCUCAGGAGGCUCAGUGCCAGGUGCUAAGGAUGCAGCUGCAGCAGGAGCUGGAGCUACUCAACGCCUACCAGAGCAAGAUCAAGAUGCAGACGGAUGCCCAGCACGACCGCGAGAGGAAGGACCUGGAGCAGAGAGUGUCGCUCCGGAGGGCCCUACUGGAGCAGAAGGUCUGAUCUUCCAUACUGGGAACAUUGUUAACAUGGGUUUCGUCUCAAAUGGCACCCUGUAUAUUGCACUGUGGUCAAAGGUAGUGCACUUUUAAGUGGAUAGGGUGCCAUUUGGGACACAAUCAUGGUGUAUUAGUGGCAAAAAGCCUCAAUUGACAUUUAGGCUUUAUUUAAUUUCAAGCUCCGGAGUUUGCUGUUAUCAUUGCUAAACCAGUGCUAUUUUGACAUGGACAUAUUAUGAUACUUAGUAGCUGUGUAUAUGUGUGUAUCUUCAGAUUGAGGAGGAGAUGCUGGCCCUUCAGAACGAGCGUUUGGAGAGGAUCCGUAGCCUGCUGGAGCGCCAGGCCAGGGAGAUCGAAGCGUUCGACUCAGAGAGCAUGCGUCUAGGCUUCAACAACAUGGUGCUGUCAAACCUCUCCCCAGAGGCCUUUAGCCACAGCUUCCCAGGUGCCUCAGGCAGCUGGGCCCACCCCCAGACACAGCACCACUCUGGGGGCUCUCAAGGGCCACACUGGGGAAGUGGAGCGUCAGGGCACCAAAGCAGCCAUCACCAACACCACUACCACUCUGGUCAGGGAGGGUCCCCCAUGCAGCAAGCCUGGGGCCAAGGCAUGCAGGGAAGUGGGGGUCCUCAGCCAUGGGGUCACCCCUCGGCAGGGCCCCUGGGGGCCAGAAGCAGUGGAGGAGUGCAGAACAGCCCCCAGGCACUGAGCAGGACAGCCUCAGGGGGGCGCAGUGAGCAGGCUAUGAGCAGGAGUACCAGCGUCAACUCUCAGCUAUCCAACGGGUCGCACCUGUCCUACACAUAG